AUGGCUAACCUACAGCAGGAAUACCCCGGGGUCCUUCUGGGGAUCCUGGAGGAACUUUCCAAUAUGCGCCAAUGGCUGACGUUCCAGGACCUUUGUCGCAUGGUCAGCACCCGCUUUGACCUAGAACACCUCAUUGAGCUCAGGAGUUUGCUGUUUGCUGCUGCCAGCCGGGACCCCUGUUUCCCAGCCACUCUCUUCAGAGACAGAGUUUCCACCAGAGGCCAGGGGCUAUCACCCAUAGGUGUCGCUGCUGACAUUGUAACUAUCUUCAAUCUCAUUCAGAUGACGGGUGGGGCCCUUGAUGAUAGUCAGCCAAUGAGAGCCCAGACAGUCCUCCCUGUCGAUCAGUCCCCAGGCCCCAGUCUCCCUGGAAUCUACCGGCUGAACAUAUCUGGUCAAGAAAGAACACGCUCCCACUCUGAUUCUGGUGGUAGGCCUAUCGACCAGCACUUGCUCUUUCCGAGAUCUAAUUACUCUGCCCGCAAGCGAGCAAGUCUUCCCCCUGAUCCCAUCUCACUUGUGUCCUCCCCUCCAAUCAGGACAAGGGCUGUGUCUUUCGACUUGCCUCACACAACACUCCUGUACCCUAGCAGCCAAAUCCCCAACGAGGUCAUGAAGAACAUAUACCUGCCUUUGGAGACGGACAGUGAGUCUAGUGGAGAUUCUGCGCCUGUGGAGGUGUUUGAAGCUGAGCAAGGAUCGUCUGUUGACCAGAAGAGAAACAUCUUUAGGAAGGACUUUCAUAACCAGCCGCCUCUAAUACCCCAGGUGACCGUCAGCAGUGAGUCUCCUAGUCCCAACAAGGGCAAAAAAGGUUUUGACAAUCACAGCUUUGAAAUGAUCCCAAAUCCUUACCCAUCACCGACAACAGUCCAUCAGUCACCAGAGCAGCGGGCUAAACAUGAAAGCCUCGAUGACCUGCAGGACUCAACUUAUUUCGGACCCGGUUCAGUCCCAGACUGGUCCCCACAACACCUCCAACUUCCCAGGAAGCCCAUCUGGGGCAACAAGAGUCACAGUCUAGAAGACCGGAUAAGUGUGAGCAGCGUUGGGAUAGGGAUAGAAUCACAAGUGGGACAACUUCCAAGACGAUCAACGCCUGCUAUCAGCAAAUUGGGGUCCUCGGGAGGUGAUAGUGGGGAUAGUGGACUGCCAAGUGGAGGUGAUGGCGUUAAGGCUCAGGGAACUCAGACAGACCCACCAGACCCCCGGCGCCUCCGUAGCCUAGUCCACGCUGAUCGCCUCUCUUUUAUGACCUCAUUGGAUGACCCUGAAUUCGGAGAGGAUGACAUCAGUGCCAUCUUUCGUUUCUUAGACGACAUAAGCAUGUGUGGUUCCACAGGAGUGCUGCACCCCAAUGAUGGAACAGGGGCCAUUAACCAGGACACCCCUGAGGCCAGACGUGGCCGCCUAGGUCAACUCCAACGGCUUUUCCACUCUUUGGAAAGCAGUGAUGAUGGGUUGAAGGCCAGUGUCUGUAAGCUGCUGCUCCGCAUGAGCCAAAUUGAAAGACAACUGGAGUCACUGAAUGAUGUAAAGUCUGAGAUUUCCCAGGUGCUGUCCGCUCUGCAGCGGCUGGAUGAAAAAAUUCAGCAGCCUAUCCCGGGCGGUGGACAAGGUAGCAGUGGGCGAUGGCUGGAGCCUCUCAGCGGUGUCUCCUCCUUUAUGAGCCACCCUGUAACUCCUUCUGAAUCAUCAGAGCCUCAACCUCUGUCUGUGUCUGGGCAUCUGUUUCCAGGGACCAGCACUAGUAGUCUGGACUGGAGCCGAUGGAACACUCCUGGGGAGCAAACAGAAAGCAGCAAAGGUCAGCCUGAUUCUAAGGGGAGCAAAGAAGGGAAGAAGGAUGCAUCAUCUCGGCGUGCCUCCAGAACGCAGCCUGAAGAGAAAAGUGUCUCUGAUUCCAAACAGCUGAAUGUUUCUAACUCUGCAAGAGACUGGACAGUGUCAUUCUCGAAAAGCAAAGAUGGAAAAGCCUCACAUGGAAAAAUGGGACAGGCAGAUCAGUCAGGAAGCACCACUAACCUACUCUCCCAAAAGUCCACCAACCUGGUGGAACAAGUCUUUAAUUCAUCCCUGUUCCGCCACAAAGACAGCAGCCUGACAGGUGGGCUAACCUCUGGGAAGAUCAUGGAUACCAGAGUGGCUGAGGGGAGAGGAAGGCCCAUCUGGACAGUAGACGACAGAGAGGCACGAAUCUCCCCUUUGGACUUGCAGGGCCAGGAGUCUCUGAACCCCAACAACAUGGAGUUCUGGAUGGACGACAUCUACACUCCAGGCUACGACGCUCUGCUUAGGCGUAAAGAGGCUGACCUGCGCCGGGCCAAGAUCUGCAAGUUGAUUGCACUCAUUGCCACCGUAGUGGCUAUCAUUCUCAUCAUUGUCAUUCCUAUUUGCACCAUGGGCUCAUGA